CGCUCAGUCGCUCCGAUCCCGGCCGGGAGCGCAGGCGGCGGUGGCGGCAGGAUGAACAGCAUCAAGAACGUGCCGGCGCGGGUGCUGAGCCGGAGGCCGGGCCACAGCCUGGAGGCCGAGCGCGAGCAGUUCGACAAGACCCAGGCCAUCAGCAUCAGCAAAGCCAUCAACACCCAGGAGGCCCCUGUGAAGGAGAAGCAUGCCCGCCGUAUCAUCCUGGGCACUCACCAUGAGAAGGGCGCCUUCACUUUCUGGUCCUAUGCCAUCGGUCUGCCUCUUGCCAGCAGCUCCAUCCUCAGCUGGAAAUUCUGCCAUGUCCUUCAUAAGGUCCUUCGAGAUGGGCACCCCCAUGUGCUGCAUGAUUGCCAGCGGUACCGGAGCAACAUUCGGGAGAUUGGAGAUCUGUGGGGGCAUUUGCAUGACCGGUACGGACAGCUGGUGAAUGUCUACACCAAACUCUUACUGACCAAAAUCUCCUUCCAUGUCAAGCAUCCCCAGUUUCCUGCAGGCUUGGAGGUGACAGACGAGGUGCUGGAGAAGGCAGCUGGCACAGAUGUCAACAACACCUUCCAGCUUACUGUGGAGAUGUUUGACUAUAUGGACUGUGAGCUGAAGCUUUCUGAAUCAGUGUUCCGGCAGCUCAAUACAGCCAUCGCGGUUUCCCAGAUGUCCUCAGGCCAGUGCCGCCUCGCACCGCUCAUCCAGGUCAUCCAGGACUGCAGCCACCUCUACCACUACACAGUCAAGCUCAUGUUCAAGCUUCACGCCUGUCUCCCGGCGGAUACCCUGCAAGGCCACAGGGACCGGUUCCACGAGCAGUUUCACAGCCUCAGAAACUUCUUCCGAAGAGCCUCGGACAUGCUGUACUUCAAGCGGCUCAUCCAGAUUCCCCGGUUGCCUGAGGGACCACCCAACUUCCUGCGGGCCUCGGCGCUUGCUGAGCACAUCAAGCCCGUUGUGGUGAUCCCUGAGGAGGCACCUGAGGAUGAGGAGCCCGAGAACCUCAUUGAGAUUAGCACAGGCCCCCCCACCGAGGAGCCAUUGUUAGUGGCUGACCUCUUUGACCAGACGUUUGGACCACCCAAUGGCUCCAUGAAGGAUGACAGGGACCUCCAGAUCGAGAACUUGAAGAGAGAGGUGGAGAUGCUACGAGCCGAGCUAGAGAAAAUCAAGCUGGAGGCCCAGCGGUACAUCUCACAGCUAAAGGGCCAGGUGAAUGGGCUGGAGGCCGAGUUGGAGGAGCAGCGGAAGCAGAAGCAGAAGGCCCUGGUGGACAACGAGCAGCUGCGCCAUGAGCUGGCCCAGCUGAGGGCCACCCAACAGGAAGGCGCACGCAACCAGGGCCUGCGCGAGGAGGCUGAGAAGAAGGCCAGUGCCACGGAGGCCCGCUAUAACCGGCUGAAGGAGAAACACAGCGAGCUCAUCAACACACAUGCAGAGCUGCUCAGGAAGAAUGCAGACACAGCCAAGCAGCUGACAGUGACACAGCAGAGCCAGGAGGAGGUGGCGCGGGUGAAGGAGCAGCUGGCUUUCCAGAUGGAGCAGGUGAAACGGGCCUCUGAGAUGAAGCUGGAGGAACAGAGCGACCAGCUAGAAAAGCUCAAGCGGGAGCUGGCAGCCAAAGCGGGAGAGCUGGUGUGCGUGCAGGAGGCCUUGGGCCGCGAGCAGCAGAACGGGCAGGAGCUAAGCUCACGGCUGGACGCGCUGAGCACAGAGAAGGAUGUACUGAGCAGUGCUGUGCGGCAGCGGGAGGCUGACCUGCUGGAGGCCCAGAGCCUGGUGCGUGAGAAGGAGGCUGCGCUGAGCCAGGAACAGCAACGCAGCUCCCGGGAGAGGAGUGAGCUGCAGGGGCAGCUGGCCCACAAGGAGUCCCAGGAGCAGGAGUUGCUGCAGAGGCUCUUGGAUGAGCAGUUUGCAGUGCUGCGGGGCACGGCUGCCGAGGCUGAACGUAUCCUGCAGGAUGCCAUGGGCAAGCUGGAUGACCCCCUGCACCUGCGCUGUACCAGCUCCCCAGACUAUCUGGUAAGCCGGGCCCAGGCAGCCCUGGAUGCCGUGGGUACCCUGGAACAGGGCCAUGUCCAGUACCUCACCUCCCCCACGGAUGCCUCUGCCCUGGUGGCAGCCCUCACCCAGUUCUCCCACCUCAUGGCGGACACCAUUGUCAAUGGCAGUGCCACCUCCCACCUGGCCCCCACUGACCCUGCUGACCGCCUGGUUGAUACCUGUAGGGAGUGUGGGGCACGGGCCCUGGAGCUGAUGAGGCAGCUACAGGAUCGGCAGGCACUGAUGCAGGCCCAGCCUGACAUGGUGCGAGGUCCCCUUCGGGGCAUCCUUCAGCUGGGCCAGGAGCUGAAGCCCAAGAGCCUGGAUGUGCAUCAGGAGGAACUGGGCACCAUGGUGGAAAAGGAGAUGGCAGCUACCUCUGCUGCCAUUGAGGAUGCUGUCCGGAGGAUCGAGGACAUGAUGAAUCAGGCUCGCCACGCUAGCUCAGGGGUGAAGCUGGAGGUGAACGAGAGGAUCCUCAACUCCUGCACAGACCUGAUGAAGGCCAUCCGACUCCUGGUAAUGACGUCCACCAGCCUGCAGAAGGAGAUUGUGGAGAGCGGCAGGGGGGCAGCCACGCAGCAGGAAUUUUACGCCAAGAACUCCAGGUGGACAGAAGGCCUCAUCUCUGCUUCCAAGGCCGUGGGCUGGGGAGCCACACAGUUGGUGGAGUCUGCAGACAGGGUGGUGCUGCACAUGGGCAAGUAUGAAGAGCUCAUCGUCUGCUCCCACGAGAUUGCAGCCAGCACAGCCCAGCUGGUGGCAGCCUCCAAGGUGAAGGCCAACAAGCACAGCCAGCACCUGAGUCGCCUGCAGGAGUGCUCCCGUGCCGUUAAUGAGAAGGCCGCCAGCGUGGUAGCCUCCACCAAGUCGGGCCAGGAGCAGAUCGAGGACCGAGACACCAUGGACUUCUCUGGUCUGUCACUCAUCAAGCUGAAGAAGCAGGAGAUGGAGACCCAGGUGCGCGUCCUUGAGUUGGAGAAGACACUGGAGGCGGAGCGCGUGCGGCUGGGGGAGCUGCGCAAACAGCACUAUGCACUGGCGGGUACUGCCCCGCCCAGGGCACCUGAGGAGGAGGAGGAGCCCAGCCAGCCCAGAGCUGCCCCCCGCAGCGGGACUACCAGGAAGCCACCUCUGGCCCAGAAGCCCAGUGUGGCCCCCAGGCCGGACCACCAGCAACUUGACAAAAAGGAUGGUGUCCAUCAGGCUCCACUCAUGCACUAGGCCCUGGGGGUCUGUCUGGCCCAAGGCUGGUAGCUGCCCUGACUUGGCCUGGCCGAGGAGCCUAUGAGGCCCAGCCCAUAGCAGGCGGUUGCAUCUCCACACCAGGCACCCUGUGUGCCCUCAGCCCCACCAUGCUGGACCCUGGAAGCCUGGCAGCCCCAGGCCUUUGUGUUCUGAACGUGCAUCUGCCACUGGGAUCCCGCAGGCCUGAGUCCUCAGGAAAUACAGACACCUGGAACAUUCCAAAUUAACGAGUUUGUAUUCACACCUGGAAGCAGGGCCACUGGAGGGGAUUUGGGCAGGGCCUCUCUUGCCUUCCUGACUCCAGGUCUGAGGUGAAAGAAUGGAAAGGGCAGCCUGCACUAACUGCUGGGCACUAGACUAAGACAUUAUCUGGCCUCGCUGGGGCACCGUCUGUGGAGACAACCUGGUGAACUUGGCAGGAGGCUCUGGGGCCAUCCUCCUUGGCCUGGCUCAAAGGCACAAGUGACAGCAGCACAGGGACACAGAUGGCAUCUGGAGAAGGCCCUGCCCUGCACAGGUGCUGCCCCAGCUCAGUCUUCCCCCCACCCUCCCUUUUCCACUCCCCUGCUCUGGCUACCCCGCCCUUACAUUUGUCCCACCCCCCACUUUCCCCUACUCUGCUGAAGGUGGGGCCUUGCCCCUCUACAGAUAAAGCUCCAAGACUGGAAGCUGCCUGUGGUCUUUCUGCCACCAACCGCCCACGCAUCCCAGGAAGUGGCUGCCAAAGGCCAGCCAAGUCCUGAAAGCGAUCUUAGGGCCUGGCCUGGAGGAAUUGGCUCUGAGUGACCCUGGUUCCUGGAAGUUGUCCUCCCCCACCUAACGGGCCAGAGCUGAGGGGAGAAGGCGUUCCCACCUAGCCAAGCCCACAACCCAGAUCCACUGACCUCCCCACUCUCACCCGGACCCCAUGCACUCAGCUACCACCUGAACCUGAGAUGGAGUCGCCUGUGUGGAGGUGAAGGCUGGCAAUAAACAGCAGUACUUGACUGUUGUCUGCAGGCCCCUAGAAGGCCAUGUCUACUGGUCACUGUCUGGCACCAAGGCACUGGGUGGGAAACUGGUUUCUUCAGGUGACCCUGGCUGGCCCCUUGGGGCUAAGGCUUCUCUCCCUGACCCUCCCACCCAGGACUCAGCCCUGGUUCUCUGGGGCAGAGGUGACCCAAUUCCAUGUGACUAAGACCAUCUGGCCUUGACCUUAAGGCUACACACAGCUUUGUGUGUUUGAGAACUUAAAAGGUAUCUAGGCUCCUGAGUGUGCACCUGGGCCUGCAAGUCCCUGGGGAGCUCCAGGCCACCUACACUCAGGUCAGUAGUAGUGCUGCUGGGGAGGAGGCCCACUGCAUGCUCUGUGCCUUUGUUGCUGGAGGAUGGGGUGCCCCAGCAGGGCAGUGUUAGGACAGGUAUGAUAGCCAGCAGGAGGUCAUGUGCCCAGCUCUUGCUGAGAACCUGAGGCCCACCCCCUAGAAGGGGCAGAGCGCCUGGCAAAGAGCCAAACUCCCAGCAUGCGCUCUGGGGGUGGAGUUAUGUAUAGCUGGGUAUUUGCCUUCCCAGCAGCUACUGGAGCAGACACAAGUUCUCUCAGGCAAAAAAAGGCAGACUGACUUCUAGGUGGAGACUGCAGCAGCUGUAACAUGUCCUCAGCAGAGGUAUGCAGGGAAGGGUGCUGAGCAGAGUCUCGGGGAGGGGGAUGGGGGGACAGAGGGACUGUUUGCCACAGCACACAGCUCAGCCCAAACCAGCUAUAAGCCCAGAUUCUAACAGGCAGUCCUGUGAUCUCAAAAGCAAGUGUGGGGACCCUUUAGACAGCGAGGCCCAAGGGUUGCACCUGUCCACCUGGUAUGGCACUGUGGCUUUUACUUUCAACUCCCACCCCCCACACCCCAGGGGAACAGGGACAGGAGA